ACCAACCUUGUGAAGCUGCUUCUGAUGCACUGGGCAAAUCCCAAUCUUCUUAACUGCAAUAACGAAAAGCCUUCAGAUGUUGCAGCUUCUGAGUUUAUUGAGGAAAUGCUUCUGAAGGCUGAAACUGUUUGGGAGGAGAAAAUGAAAGACCCUUUGGCUGUUUCUACUUUAUCUCAAGAAGAGCCAUAUGAAGAGAUCAUCCAUGAUCCGCCCAUGAUUUCCAACAAACUCAAUCCCCUGGCUUUACCGAUUGCCAAGCAAGACAGUUUGCUGGAGAAAGACACUAUGUUUAAAGAUGCAGCUAAAGGCUUAUGUAAGCAGCAAUCGCAAGACAGUGCAUCUGAAAAUGUCACUGUGAACACUACAACAAAACUUGAACAGAUCAAGCUAAUGCCUCCAGCUCCAAAUGAUGACCUGGCUUCUCUGAGUGAGCUAACAGACAGCAGCCUGCUUUAUGAGAUUCAGAAGCGCUUCAAUAAUAAUCAGAUAUAUACCUACAUUGGUGAUAUACUGUUGCUUGUUAACCCAUUUAAAGAACUUCCUAUUUAUUCUACCAUGGUCACCCAACUUUAUUUAAGUAACUCUGGAAAAUUGUGUUCCUCACUUCCCCCACAUAUAUUUUCCUGUGCUGAAAGAGCUUACCACACGUUAUUCCAGGAGCAGCGUCCCCAGUGCUUUAUCCUCAGUGGAGAAAGAGGUUCUGGGAAGACUGAAGCCUGCAAACAAAUACUGAAGCACCUCACUUGCAGAGCCAGCUGCAGCAGAAAUACCUUUGAUACAAAGAUAAAACAUGUAAACUGUAUCUUGGAGGCCUUUGGACAUGCCAAGACACCCUUGAAUGAUUUUUCCAGCUGUUUUAUAAAAUAUUUUGAGCUACAGUUUUGUGAGAAGAAAAAAACAUUAAUUGCAGCUAGGAUUUAUACAUACAUGUUGGAGAAGUCUCGUGUCGUUGUGCAGCCUCUCAACCAGAGUAAUUUUCAUGUUUUUUACUUGAUGAUGGAUGGGCUGUCUGCUGAAGAAAAAUACACCCUGUACCUCAGUAAUUUGUCUGCACACAGGUAUCUAAGCCAGACUGUCCUGGAAGAGACAAUGUUAACAGCCAACCCUCAAAACAGGGAGAAAUUAGCUGUACUAAAACAAGCUCUAGGUGCCAUGGGAUUCAAUAGCCUGGAGGUGGAGAACCUGUUUGUAAUACUCUCAGCAAUUCUGCAUCUUGGAGAUAUUUGCUUUACGGCUCUGACAGACGCUGAGACAGCAUUUGUGUCAGACCUGCAACUACUGGAACAAGUGGCAGGGAUGCUGCAGGUUUGCCCAGAUGAGCUUGCUUCAGCCUUGACAACUGAUGUUCAGUAUUUUAAAGGAGACAUGAUUGUACGGAGGCACACUAUAGAAAUUGCAGAAUUUUACCGGGAUCUCUUGGCAAAAUCUCUAUAUGGUCGUUUAUUUAGCUUUUUAGUCAACACAAUCAACUGCUACCUUCAAAAUCAAGAUGAGACUGGCAGUGACCAGGUAUUUGAAAUUGGAGUACUGGAUAUUUUUGGAUUUGAAGAAUUUCAAAAGAAUAUUUUUGAACAGCUGUGUGUCAACAUGACCAAUGAGAAGAUACACCAGUACAUCAAUGAAGUGCUUUUCCUACAAGAGCAAGCAGAAUGUGUACAAGAGGGAGUUGCUAUGGAAACAGUGUAUUCUCCUGGUAACCAUACUGCAGCCUUGGAUUUUUUCUUUCAGAAACCAUCAGGCUUUUUGUCAAUGCUGGAUGAAGAAAGCCAAUCUAUUUGGUCUGUGGAACAGAGUCUUUCUAAACGUAUUCAGUCUUACCUGGAUACAUUAGACACAAAUACAGUAUAUUCCUCCACAAAAGAUGGAAAUGGUAACCUUGCCCCAAAGGAUCAGGGCUCCACCUUCACUGUUAUGCAUUACGCUGGGAGGGUUACUUACGAAAUUGCUGGUGCGAUAGAAAAAAAUAAAGAUUCCCUUUCACAAAAUCUCGUAUUUGUAAUGAAAACCAGUGAAAAUGUAGUCAUCAAUCAAUUGUUCCAGUCCAAGCUGACACAAACUGGAUCACUUGUUCCUCCAUAUCAUUCUCUUAAAAUCAAAGGGUGUAAAGCAGCUUUGUUGAGUAAAAAACCAUCAGUAGCCUGUGCAAGUGGAGAAGCAAAAAAAUACAUUGAGCUCAGCAAGCUGUUGAAAAAGAAAGGAACAUCCUCAUUUCUUCAGAGACUGGAACGAGGGGGCCCAACCACUGUGGCAAUACAGCUCAGGAAAUCACUCACAGAUAUUAUUGGGAAGUUGCAGAACUGCACGCCACACUCUGUUCAUUGUAUAAAGCCUAAUAACUCCAAGUUGCCAGAUACUUUUGACAAUUUCUAUGUGUCUGCUCAACUGCAGUAUAUUGGUGUCCUAGACAUGGUCAAAAUCAUACGACACGGGUAUCCAAUACGUCUCUCUUUCACAGACUUCUUGUCAAGGUAUAAAGAUUUGGCUGAUACAGCAGCAGGAGAGAAGAAGAAGCUGUCUGCCAAGGAAAGAUGUCGUCUUGUUCUUCAGCAGUGUAAAUUACAAGGCUGGCAGAUAGGAGUCCGAAAAGUGUUUCUUAAGUACUGGCAAGCUGACCAUCUCAACGAUUUGUGCCUUCAGCUUCAGAAGAAAAUUAUAACCUGCCAAAAAGUUGUAAGAGGAUUUCUAGCUCGCCAGCGCUUGCUACAGAAGAUGAGUGUCAAACAGCAAGAGGUCACCUCAAUCAAAAGCUUCUUGCAGAACGCUGAAGAUAUGGGAUUGAAAACAUAUGAUGCCUUAGUCAUUCAAAAUGCUUCUGACAUUGCUCGGGAAAAUGACCGGCUCCGCAAUGAGAUGAAUGCUGCUUACCACAGGGAAAAGUUAGAGGCUAGAAACAGGCCAGAAGAAGGCCACAAAAGAGCCGAAGACAAGGGUGGGAAGGUCUCUGAGGACAGCUUUGCCGGCUGUCGAACGCCUAAGCACUUUCAUUCCAGCUCUGUCCCUGUCCCCAUGGCAGUGGACGGCUUGGUACAUUCUGCGGCUGGAUCAUCCAUCAGAUCCCCCUCCCUGCACUCUGUGUUCAGCAUGGACGAUAGCAAUAGCCUGCCAUCACCAAGGAAACAGCCUCCUCCCAAACCAAAGAGGGACCCCAACACAAGACUGAGUGCUUCCUAUGAGGCAGUUAGUGCUUGCUUGUCGGCAGCUUCUAAGGAAACCGCUAACGAAGUACUGACUCGUCCAAGGCCACACAGUGAUGACUAUAGUACCAUGAAAAAAAUACCUCCCAGAAAACCAAAACGAAGUCCCAAUACGAAACUUACUGGCUCUUACGAAGAAAUACCUGGCCAAAAGCCUGGGGAUGUAAAACAGGUGAGCACAGUAGCUAAACCAGGUGGCUAUGACACUGUGACAGUACAGAGAGCAGCUUCUGCUGAUGGGCCACAACAUGGCGUGUUGAGUCUCUAUAUGUCACAAGAAGAGGAGGAAAAUGAGCCUGUCUAUAUUGAAAUGGUAGGGAAUGCAAUGAAAAGCGGUUCUGCUGAAGCAGAAAGUCCAGAACAAGGAGAGUCUGUAUAUGAAGAAAUGAAGUAUUUUCUACCAGAAGAAGGAAGCAAUGGUAAUGGAAUAAUUCCAGUAGUGACUGGAUCUCCUCCUCUGUUGUUUGAAAGCAAAAAAAUUGUUAACAGUGAAGAUGGAACAUUGGAUGGAAACAGUCAAGCAGCUUUGAUCUACAAAGACUCAUGUGACAUUCCAGCUCCUUUCCCUAACUUGCUCCCCCACAGGCCACCACUUCUUGUAUUUCCUCCAACCCCUGUCACAUGUUCACCUGCUUCUGAUGAAUCACCUCUAACACCACUAGAAGUCAAGAAGCUUCCUGUCUUGGAAACCAACCUAAAAUACCCUGUGCAGUCAGAAGGCUCAAGUCCAUUGUCACCACAGUACUCCAAAAGCCAGAAAGGGGAGAAUGAAAGACCAGCAUCUCCAGGCUUGAUUGUGUUCAAUGUUUCCAGCAAAGUGACUCCUCCUUCCACACCACCUCCUCCUCUCCCACCACCCCCUCCUCCUGUACCGCCUCCUAUUUCCUACCGGGCUUCCACACAUUUUGCAUUUCCUCCAGAGACUUGUGCUAGUUUUCUGAUUAAUGCAGGGAAAACAGGUACAAACUCAGAUCUGUCAAAGGUAUCUCAGAGACCAAAUCCUGCUCAGCUUGGAUGCUCAUCUUCUCCAUUCUCCAAACUGCCUUACUCCCCAAAGGUGGCAAGAGCAGAUCACAGGAAAUUGAACUCAAACUCAUCAUCUUCAUUUCCAUACAGCCCUACAAACUCAAGGUCAUUGACCAGUCCCCUUGAUGAGUUAACUAGUUUGUUCAACUCAGGACGGAGCGUGCUACGAAAAUCUGCAGCAGGACGUAAGAUCAGGGAGCCAGAAGGUAAGACAAAUCUCUGUGCUUCUGUAUAG